CGCAGCUUCAAUUCUAUGGACACUGAAAGAAAUAUGCUUGACGCAAGUACCAACAACGAACAGGAUGGAGAAAGCACACCUUUAUUGAAUGACCAAAAGAAAAAUGAACCAACGAACGCUUCGAAAAUCUAUAUAAUUGCCGCCUUUGUAAUGGCGAUCAAUUUUGGAGCAGCUGUCAUCUCAAAGAGCUUUGAUCAGGCUGUAAUUGCGCUCUUUUGCGGAAAAUAUUACCAGGCGAAUGGCAGGUCGCCCGAACCUAUCUUAGGGACCGUCGAUCAACAUGAUUGUACCAUCCCAGGCGUCCUUACACCUGCGGCCGAGUUUUCCUCUAUGUUGGUCGUAUUGUCUACAAUUCCAAGUAUCAUAACAAUACUUGUAGCUGGCCACUUAUCCGACAUCUUUGGCCGCAAGCCCGUCACCCUCAUAUGGCUACUGGGACUAUUUAUCGAUGUGACCAUGCCUUUUGUGGUCUUGCAUUGGAAUCUCAAUGAAUACUGGCUGGCAGUAUCAAAGGUGGUAUUUGGAAUCACGGGUGGGGAAGCAGCUGGGGUUUCCUUGAUGGUGGCGGCUAUUGCAGAUUUGACUGGGUCAAAGGAUAGAGCGAGGUUCCUGGCUGUUAUUCAGGGUUUUGGCAUGCUGGCUGUCAUGGUUGGUAGUCUGUUGGGAGGCUGGUUGGUCAAGUACACAUCCAGUUUUGAGCCGACGUUCUUCCUGGGUGUACUAUGCAAUACUUUCGCCGGCGUCACCUAUAUCCUCUUUGUUCCCGAAACCCGAAAGCCAGUACGGCCUUCGGAAACUACUGAAGUAUCCGCACUCAGUGUCAGUAAACUGCUCCGUGUCCUCCGACCACUUCCCCACAAGAUUAUGCUAGCAGCUGUUCUGUCAACGGCCAUGCGCUCCUCGUUUUUUUUUGUUCUUCCCUUCUACGCGGCGCAAGAAUUUGGGUGGAAAACAUGGGAGAACACACUUUACUUUGUUGAAAUGUGCCUACUGGCAGCUGUGGCAAAUUUAUUGGUUUUGCCCAAUGUGGAAGGUUGGGCCAGGCAAAUGUGGGGCAGCGAGCAGCCGCACAACCCUGAGCGGGAAGUAGCACCAUUACUGGAGGACGGUAGCCGGAUAGACGACGAGCUAGUGGUUGAAGACAAUCCACAAAGGCAACAAGAGAAUGUCUGGAGGAAUGCUGCCAUAGCGUUAAACCAAGUGCGCAUUUACGCUUGUGUCGAACUCGUGCACAUCAUUUUAUUUGCCAUCUCUAACAAAGCCUGGAUAGUUUACACUAUCCUACCCAUAGACGCUGUUGCUUCUCUUGGUCACGUCCAUGCCCGAGCGAUCAUUCUUGACCUUGUACCCAGAGAGUCCUACGGCAUUGUGAAUUCGAUAUUCAACGCUGUCGCUAUUAUUGGUGUUACUGGGCUAAUCAAGGCAUCCAGCGCAAUAUAUUCUGCAACAUCAGAACGCCUUCCUAAUGCAGUGUUUAUAGCAUUCGCUGGAGUCAGCAGUUUUGCCCUGAUGUUAGUCUUUUUGGCGAGGGUUACUAGAAGGGCAUGAGGUUAGGCAAUACCCAAGAUAUGUCCGGAAAUUUGUAGAUAUAUGUAGAUAAUUCGGGUCGUUUCCUAUGGUGAUGGAACAUAGCUUUCCUAAUUGUUUUGCCGUGCUUAAUAGUUAUGGUUCUCAUCUACUAUCAA